AUGCAAAAAAGAUAUCUUUCACUUAUUAAAUCACUAUUAAAGCAUUACAGUGAUAACAAAGUAAAAAAAUUAGGCAUCCCACUCAUUAUUGCAUCAACAUAUGGUCAUCUUGAAGUCGUUAAACAUUUUAUCUCGAUUGGAGUUUAUAUAGAAUCAAGGAAUGAUAAUCGAAUGACUCCGCUCAUAGUUGCAUCAAAGAAUGGUCAUCUUGAAGUUGUCAAAUAUCUUAUCUCAGCUGGAGCUAAUAAAGAAGCAAAGGAUAAAGAUGGGUUCACUCAACUCACAAAUGCAUCAGUGAAUUGUCAUCUUGAAGUCGUUAAAUAUCUUGUCUCAGCUGGGGCUGAUAUAGAAGCAACGGAUAAAUUUCAAUUUACUCCCCUCAUUGAAGCAUCAAAAUUCAGUCUUCUCGAAAUCGUACAGUAUCUUGUCUCUGCCGGAGCUAAUAAAGAAGCAAAGGAUGAUUGGGGACGGAAUUCACUCAUAUGUGCAUCAGAAAAUGGUCAUCUUGAAGUUGUUAAUUAUCUUGUCACUGUUGGAGCUAAUAAAGAAGCUAAGGACAUGCAAGAAUUCACUCCUCUCGUUUAUGCAUCAAAAGAAGGUCAUCUUGAUGUUGUUGAAUAUCUUAUCUCUGUUGGCGCUAAUAGAAAAGCAAAGACUAGAUCUAAGUCGAAUCCUCUCAUUUGUGCAUCAGAAAAUGGCCAUCUUGAAGUUGUUAAAUAUCUUAUCUCUAUUGAAAUCGAUAAAGAAUCAAUGAAUGAUAGUAGAUCUACAUCACUCAAUUAUGCUUCAGGAAAUGGUCAUCUUGAAAUUGUGAAAUAUCUUAUCUCUGUUGGAACUGAUAAAGACGCGAAGAAUAAGAAUGGAUACACAUCGCUCAUGUCUGCAUCACAUAAUGGUUACCUUGAAGUUGUUAAAUAUCUUAUCUCUGUUGGCGCUGAUAAAGAAGCAAAGAAUUUUUCUGGAAAAACUGCCCUUGAUUUAGCAGCUGGUUUGGUGAAAAAUGAUUUAUUAUCAUUAUAA